AUGUCCACUUUCCUAGUCACUCUUGCUACCGGUCAACAGGGCAGAGCAACAAUCGCGGCUCUGCUUAAAGGUGGUGCCAAAAUACACGCUGUGGUCCGAGACCCAACCAAGCCGGCCGCUCGUGAGCUUGAAAGUCAAGGCGUCGUCCUAUUCAAGGGUAGCAACGAGGAUAUCGAUGUCUUCCGCAAUGCAGCUAAGGGAUGCAAAGGCGUCUAUCUCAAUCUCGUUUCGUGGCCAGACAAUUUGGACCCGGGUCGACAGGCAGCAGAUAUCCUUAAAGUUUGCAAGGAAGCCGGGAUAGAGCACGUUGUAGCCUCUACCUCGGGAUGGGUAGGCAGUAGAGAAAAAUGGGAUAAUCCUCUUAACAGGAGCGAGUGGCUGAAGGGGUUUUGCAAGAACGAUGCCCUUGUUGAAGAUGCGGUUCGUCGCUCAGGAAUCAGGUAUCUCACGAUACUUCGUCCGUUUUGGUUCCAUUCGAACUACCUUCCACCCGUCGUCCAAGUGUUUUAUCCGGAACUCGUCGAGGGAGGAGAACUGGUCCACUCGUUCAAGCCGGGAGUUGUUUUCCCACAUAUCAAUGUAGAUGACAUCGGGCGGUUCGCAGCUAUGGCACUCUUUGAUCCAGCUACAUUUGACGGCGAGGAAAUUGAAUUAGCCAGUCAGAAUCUCACAAUAGAGGAUGUGGCCAAUGCGAUUGCGAAAGCUACAGGAAAGCAUAUUGCGGUUCGGGCUCGAACACUCGAAGAAACGGACGACACGAAUCCGAUUGUAGCAUGGCACCUCUGGGCCAAUGCGGUUGAUCUAACAGUUGAUUUGGAUACGAUUGAACAAAAAUACAAAUUCCGCUUCACGACACUCCAAGAGUAUUUAAUCCAAGAGAGAGAACAGCUGAAGAUAUUAGUAUAA